AUGAGUUGCCAGUCACCAUCAAAUGACUCUAUAACGUCGGCCGAAGAAGAUGACUCUUCCACGUAUUGUCCUACAACUACUCAACAGACCAUCAUGAAUCGCCUGUCACCAUCGAAUCAGAAGGUCUUUAUGACAUCGGCAGAAGAAGAUGACCCUUCCUCGGAAACACUUACCUUCACGGUUGUCGAGCAAUACGUGGAGCCCGAGGACGACCCGACCACGAUGACUACCCAGCAGAUGUUCUCGGCUCAUAGGAUCCAACAACCACAAUACCCGUUCGGUCAAUAUCCAACGAUGGCUCCUCAACGAGGGGAGGUCUUGAGGCUGUCCCAGGAGAAAGGCAAGAAGGAGGUGGUGGGGGAGGUGGAGGAUGAGAAUGAGCCGGUGUCUGUCACCAAUGAGCCCAUCGCUGGCAAUCCAGUGACGCAAGCGGCUAUUACAAAGGAUGAAAGCUCAGUUGUCGUCAUAUUGCCUAGUACUGAACCGAGACUCCCUAGCCCUUCUAACCAAACGGCCAUCACAAAGGACGACAAAGUUGAAGUCAUCAUCACCGUCACGGAAUUGCCUGGUACCGACUCGAGCAGUCCUGCUGACCCUUCCAACCAAACCCUCAGCGGACAUGGGGAUAACAACAUAAACCCCCAACCAGAGCUUUUAGAACCACAGGAGACGCAACAACAAGAAUACCAGGCGCCUCCGCCCAAUUCAACAUCACACCCGCAAGGGGAAAACAACAGAAACCCCCCACAAGUGCCCGUGGAAACACAGCCUGGGCAACAGCAGUACCAGGUAGCAGCCCCCCUUAACCCAACAUCCACCGCCGGGCAAGGUCAAGAGGGAUACAAUACAACGACAAAUCUCCCACCCCAAGGAGCCAGGCAAAAUGGGUACCAAAAUGGGUACCACCAGCAGGCACCUCCUCCGGCUCCGCGACCGAAACUAGCCCAGCUCGCCUACCACGACAAGAUGCCGGGGUGGACAUACCACGACCCUUCUCCCGCCUGGAGCUUCACCCACCAGCCAGGAGGGUUUCUGCACUACGAUCCGCACCCGACCUGGUCGUACUGCGAUCCCUAUACGGGUGUGGUUACGGGGUACUGGCCGGGCCCGCGUUUGGCUUACCACUCUGCUUCGCAACGCUGGUGGGUCUUUGAUGAUUCUCCCAUGGUGCAUGCGUGGGUUCCUUGCUCGUACGAGCAGUUUGAGUUGUAUCUCCAUCCUCCGAUGCAUUGGCCGCAUGUAUGCCCUGGGAACGCGCCGGAUUGGACUUUGUAUCGUACUUGGCCGGGUCCGGUUUUUUCUCUUUGA